ACAAUUUAUAUAUAAUAGUACAGAAUUUUAAUUUUGAUUAAUAAAUUGUCUAAACUUAUUUAAUAAUGAAUGCUAAAAAUGUGGGCAAACCAUUGGUCCCAAAGAGGCUAAUAGUGGGUCUAAUGGGAUGUCUGGGUUGUUGUCUACUCUAUGUGUUGCGAUCCAAUCUGAGUGUCGCUAUCAUAGCGAUGGUCAACGAGUUGGAGGUGAUUGAAGAGGAGGACACUAUUAUUCAAGACAACGACCUGUGCUAUGAUAUCAGCACCAGAAUUAAUGUCUCAAAUUCCGGUCCAAUUUAUAACGGUCCAAAAUAUAUGUGGAGCGCAUCAAUACAGGGUGUUAUACUGGGCUCAUAUUUCUACGGCUAUACAGUGACUCAAAUGCUGGGCUCGUAUGCCGACCGGUUUGGUGCCAAAUGGAUGACAGGUUUGGGGGUAUUAUUACCCGCAGUGUUCAACGCACUCAUACCAGUGUUGGCUGAAGUCCACUACUCUCUGGUCAUUUUGAUGCGGGUAUUGAUCGGCGCCUUUCACGGCGUGAUAUACGCCUGUGUUUUCUCAUUGUUUGCC